AUGGGUCAGGCCCAGAGUCCACUUCACAAUCAGUCUGAAAAGACUGAAAAAACAAACGUUUGUCUAUUUGGCAAACGUAAAAAGCAAAAGAACAAGGCUGCUGCUGCCUGGAUGCCCGGCUGGAUCCUCAGCCUCAAGAAAAAGAACCGAAUUACACCAGUUACUGAUGAACACGACAACGUUUCCAGUUCUGGUAAAACCUCUCUCACCAAGAAAGAGGAAAUGAUUCUGGUGAUUGAGGACCUGGAGUUUACAUCUGCUCAGGCAGUCCAGCCAGCCGAGAAGCAGAGGAAGCUGAUCAUUACAACUGCUCAGGUACACAAGUCAGCCAAGGAGCUGGAAAAUAUUGCUGAUCUGGCAGAAACACCAGCCGAACAGCUGGAAAAUACAUCUGCUCAGGUAGAUACACCAGCCGAACAGCUGGAAAAUACCUCUGCUCAGGCAGACACACCAGCUGAACAGCUGGAAAAUACCUCUGCACAGGCAGACACACCAGCCAAACAGCUGGAAAAUGCCACUUCUCUUGCAGACACACCAGCCGAACAGCUGGAAAAUGCCACUUCUCUUGCAGACACACCAGCCGAACAGCUGGAAAAUACAUCUGCUCAGGCAGACACACCAGCCGAACAGCUGGAAAAUACCUCUGCUCAGGCAGACACACCAGCCGAACAGCUGGAAAAGACCACUUCUCUUGCAGACACACCAGCUGAACAGCUGGAAAAUACCUCUGCUCAGGCAGACACACCAGCCGAACAGCUGGAAAAUACCUCUGCUCAGGCAGACACACCAGCCAAACAGCUGGAAAAUACCUCUGCUCAGGCAGACACACCAGCCGAACAGCUGGAAAAGUCCAUUUCUCUUGCAGACACACCAGCCGAACAGCUGGAAAAUACCUCUGCACAGGCAGACAAGCCAGUCAAACAGCUGGAAAAAAGCUCUGCUGAGGCAGUCACACCAGCCGAACAGCUGGAAAAUACCACUUCUCUUGCAGACACACCAGCCGAACAGCUGGAAAAUACCUCUGCACAGGUAGACAAGCCACUCAAACAGCUGGAAAGGACCACUUCUCUUGCAGACACACCAGCUGAACAGCUGGAAAAUACCUCUGCACAGACAGACACACCAGCCGAACAGCUGGAAAGGACCACUUCUCUUGCAGACACACCAGCUGAACAGCUUGAAAAUACCUCUGCACAGGUAGACAAGCCAGUCGAACAGCUGGAAAAUGCCUCCGCUCAGGUAGACACACCAAAUGAACAGCUGGAAAAUACCUCUGCACAGGCAGACACACCAGUCAAACAGCUGGAAAUCCCAUCUGCACAGGCAGACACACCAGUCGAGGAGCAGGAGAGUCAGAAUCCAGAUCAGAUUAAUGAUUCCUGGGAAAAAGAGAAAUCAGAUGAAAAGAUGGAGCUGGAUCAGAUGUUUUCUAAGGGAGACCAAGACAAGAACCUGGUGAUGGGACGUUACGAGAUCAACCUGGUUUCCAGUGAAAGCAGUGACCAUGAUGAGGAGAUUCAGAGACCGGAGCUCACACAAAACCAGCAUGUAGACGAGCUGAUUCACAAGGUGGAGCAAGUGGGUGUGAAUCCUGACAAAACCCAUUCUGAUCCAACUGCUGGUGGAGGAGAGGAAAGUCAGAAUGAUGCAGCUCCACUGGGCUUUGUUAGAACUGAUGCCCAACUGAUUGAGGAGCAAAACAAAGAUCAUUUAUUUAGUGUUUUUGAAUCAAUGUAAUUAUUUGUGUCUGGAAAUCUUAAUAAAGCCACACAGCCCUGCAA